GGCCGCGCCCGGGCCGCGCACGCGCCCUGUCGGAGUCCCAGCAAGCGCGGGCCCGUCUUCCUCGCGUCUCCUUGGGGAGCGUCGCCGCCGCUACCCUGGGCGCUGAGAGCUUGCGGAGCCGAGCCGCUGUCGAGUCCCAGCGGAAAGAAGCCCAAGGUGCCGGAGAAGCCCGGUCGUGGACGUUGUUGCUCCCUCAUCUUCGAGACCCGCACGCCCUGCGGAGAGGAAAUGACAGGCACGCCGCGACCGUGGGGCGGGGCUCGCACGAGCUCCGGGUUUCCAGAGGCAGGGGCCGGGGCCGUAGAAGGCAGAGUCGCGCGGAGAAGGCCCGGUACCCCGCCCCUUCCGCACCGACCCCUCCCCCGCGGAGCUGGCCCCGGCCCCGGCCCUGUGGAGUGGACGCCGAGGGCGGCGGGCGGCUUCCGAGUUGGACAGAACGGGAGCUGCCGGCGGGAGCAGAGCUGCGAGGAGGUGGCCUUUGAGGGCAGCGCGGGGUCGAAAUCCCAUCCCAGCGCUGUGACCUCUUGGAGCCCACAUUGCCUCUUUGGUGGAGGGGAGGGAGUGGUCCAGCUCCGAGCCGAGCCUGGGAGCUGAAUGACCCAGUGUGCAAGGCGCACCUCGGAGACCGAAAGCAACCGCUCCCCCGGCUUCAAUUUCACACCACCUGCAGAUACACGUCUCAGAAUCUGCGGCUAGGAAGAUCUGGGCCGCCAGAAGCUAAACGUGUGCACUUUAUCAUCAGCCCCCGGUUUCUCGUUUUAGAGUGAGUUCCCACCUGCCCUACCUAAACUGACCUGAAACGGAAAGUUGUAUGCCCCCACGACCAUCCUCACUGCAGAACUGCAGAGGGUUUUAAGCUCCUUAUUACCUGUUUCUUAUAAUCCUGUCCCUUUCCAGGCGAGUAUUUAUUGGAUAUUUCUACUUGUUUUAUCAAACUUCCUUUUCUUUUGACUUUAUAAAAAGCAAUGCCGGGAGGCUGAGGCAGGAGAAUCGCUUGAACCCGGGAGGCGGAGGUUGCAGUGAGCUGAGAUCUCGCCAUUGCACUCCAUUCUGGGCAACAAGAGCGAAACUCCGUCUCAAAAAAAAAACAAUGUUCGUCCUUAAAAUUAUGUGCAGAAGUUUACUGAAAAGUACAAGUUACUAUUUUUCCUUCUGAAGCACUCCUCACCGGUAACACCUGUUACUUUCACAGGUAACCUUAAAAUGCUUAACACAUAUUUGUUGAAUGAAUAAGUGCCCCCCAGUGAAUUUCCUUUGCCUGUACAAACAUAUAUGUACAUACCUUGCUUUUUCUAUUUAACAGUACACUUUUAUCAUUUAACAUCUGCGUGGUAUGGUACUCCAUCCGAUGGUUGUACUAUUAUUUAACCACUCUGCUAUUAAUAGACAUUCAUGUUGUUUAUAUUUUUUGGUUAUAAUAAACAUUGUUGCAGGCGGGAUCAUUGAACAACACAUGGAGUGUCUGACUCAAGCCUUGAGUUGUUUUUCCGGGAGCUGAGAAUCAGUGUGGUGAUAUCGAAAGAACAUGAGCUUGGAAUCUGAAGGUACUGGCUAGGGAGAAGAGCUGCUCAUGUGCUCCCGAUAGAAAGUCCCCCUUGGUCGGGAAGGUUAGGGCCAUCCUCUGACUCAGCAGUUUUAGGAAAUAGAGGGGGAGAAGGAAGGUAUGUACCUUCCUUCCACCAGGGAGGCACGCCCAGCCCUAACCAGCCAGCGAGGCAGUAGGUCCUUCCCAGCUCAUCUUCACAACCUGGGCUGGUGUCGGGAAGACUUUCGUUCCAAUGCUAGCUUUGGAAUCCUGGCCUCCAUCCCUUAAAAGCUUUGUGAUCUUAGGUAAGUCACAUCACACUAUCUCAAAGCCCCCGUUUCCUCACAGAAUGGUUGUUUUAGAGUUAUGUUUGUAAAUUACCUGGCACAUGUAGGCAUGUGACAGACUGUAACCAAUGUUACUCAAGGUCAUUUUGCACUGAUUCAUACUUUGAGCCAUUUCCUACUGUAGACUCUAGCACACAUUUUCAAGGCAGCUUCCUGAUAAUAAGGCUGUAGGAUAUUUUUGGGAAAUAAAUCCAAAUUGGCCAUUAAAACCA